UUCAUAAUUUUUUGAAAAGAAAAAACAAAAACAAAAGGCAAAACGAUGGUAAAGGUAACCCUUGAAUCCUGAAGGCUGGCUAUAACUAUAGAAGCUCUUCUUCAACUUGGCGCCUCCUUGCAGAAACGCAGAACAACAAAAAAUCAAAGAUGGGGAAGAAUAGGGCGAAGAAGGUAAAGAGGGCAUGGAGGAAUAUCAGCACCAAAGAAUUCGACGAUUACAACGAGAAAGCUACUCGCGACGCCAACUCCGGCGGCUCUCUUGCUUCUGCUCCCAGUGACUCCCUCUUUGUUGUCGACAAAUCUACCGAUGUGCCGGUGAGGCGUAAAAUUGAGAAGAAAAGAGAGAAAGUACUUCGUUUCGAAAGUGUCCUCCAGAGGAACCCAUUUGUCAAAGCUGUGCCGUCUUCAAUCCUGAAGAAACUCAAGAAGAAAGAUAAAACAGUUGAUUUGGCUCAGGAUGCUUCCAAAGACGAUGAUAAAAAAGGACCUGAAUCUGGCAAGUUUGAUAUUUGGGAUGAUCAGGGUAAAGUAAACAUCAAGGGAAAAAAGAAAGCAAAUCCUUCACUUAUUCCAGCAGUUGAAGUUGAGCCUCCUGGAUGCUCCUUUAACCCAGAAAAUGAGAGUCACAAGGACUCAUUGGCUCUAGCUGUUGCAGAAGAGAUGAAGAAAAUUUAUAAAAAGGAGCUGGAACCUGAGCCAAUUCCUUUAACUGUUCCUGGAGAACCAGUAACUGAAGAUGAUAGAUAUUUUUUGGAAGUGGACCAUGAAGAUGAUGAUGAUGUUGAUGAAAUGGACGAGGAAAAUCAAACUGAAGAUCAGAUUAACGAAGAUGAGAACAGGAAAUCUAAAGAAAAACGGAUAACCACUGUUGUGAAGAAUAAAAGAAUCAGACGGAAGGAGCAGCAGAAAGCAGAGGCAGAAGCCAAAAAGAUUAAAGAUCUUUCAAAGGAAAUCGACAGCAUACCAGAUAUACUUCAGGAAAUAGCCAAAGAGGACGAAGAAAAGAAAAACAGACAUCUCCGACGUAUGGUAGCAAAAGAAGAAAGACUAAAAUCUGGUCCUCCACGUUUGGGAAAGCGGAAGUUUGAGCCUGCCCCAUCUCAGGUUCUCCUGACCGAAGAAAUUACUGGAUCCCUUCGUAAGCUGAAGGCGUGUUGCACGCUAGCAAGGGAUAGGUUUAAGAGUCUAGAGAAGAGAGGUAUACUUGUUCCAUCCGCUAAGAGAAGCAGGAAAUAGGCAUUCAAGAGGUUGCUGAUUUCUCAAGAGAGCGAGGCUUGUACGAGAUCACUUGGACUAGAUAUAGUUAAAAUUGGCCUGAGCUCGAAAUGUUGGCUAAUUUAUAUUCACACACAAAGUCUAGUUUUCUUUGUAUUGAGCGAACGAGUUUUCUCCAUUUUUGCUGUUUAUUUGCUUUUAGUUAUUUAGUGAAAGGUUUUGAUAGUGAAUACUCUAGGUAGUGAUGACUGAUAAAGAAAUGGUCCUUGAAACUGUAAUUCCAUUUCAUGAAUCAUGAUAACUAUUCCUAUUUGUUUAAAUAGAAGGCCUUAGUUCUGUUUUUCUU